AGCUGAUGAACAUACUGCGCACGGAUCAACACGGGUCUGCGACUGGGCGAUGGGAUGUGGUUCAGUGAUCUCAAGUGUUUUUGUUCUAGUAAUUCUUGUGAUUUAAGCCCUUUUUUCUUGUUCAAGUGGGGGCACCUUCUUGUGGAUUUCCUGAAGAACGUCAGAUCGUGCGUUUGACUGGUCGUGACUUGCGAUAUGAUUCGUAACCCUUCUUCAACGCAAAUCACAACCAAGGCGUAUAGACGAAGUGUUCGCCUUCAGAACAAAGACUACCAAAAUCACAAGUCAUGGUGUAUUCAGUCCGACCCACUCGGCUACUUUGCUCUUCUUCCAACAGAGUUGAUGUAUCAUAUCUUAAACACUUUGAGAAUUGAGGACUUGGGUUUCCUAAGCAUCACCUCCAAAGCAUUCCGAGAUGUCACCAGUAAUUACAUCAACAGCAAAUCUGGCCUGAAGAGAUUACAGCCAAAGCAGAUGGUGACCUCUAAGAAAACUGGGUGCAAGCGAGCCAUAUACAACUAUCAAGUGAACCACUUCAAGAACACUGGUCUACUCCUGAAGAGAAUUACCUGCCUCUUUCCAACCAGAGAGCGACUCAAGAUUGUGGAGUUUUUCGUGUCACAGCUACAAAACAUCCACAGGAUAUUCACCUGCCAGGCUUUGAGUUGCUAUGGCAACCUGCUGAGUACAUUCACACGAGGAUGGGAAGAGAGGGAGUGUCUGAGGGCUUACAUCACCGUCAGCGAAAAUCAGAGCAUGACCAGCAAAAUCUUGAUGCUGUUGUCAGGCAACCCAGGCUCCAACUCAUCGAUUGAGACCAAGACUCGUAGGUUCUUCCGUCAUGUUCUCCUGGAUCAGUGUAAGACAAUGGAAGACCUAUCCAUGUGGCUACAUUUCAUCCUGAAACCAUUCCCCAUGGUACAUCAAGCUAGACUGCUCUACUUGUUGUAUGGGCCACUCUGCCCAGGUACAGAUGUUGUGUCCUGGGACUGUAUGCGAGAGACGUCCGGCAGUGACAGGGAGAUUCGAUCCAGAACAAUUGCUCCCCUGGGUGAGAUCGCCAUGGCUCUCAAGGCACUGGUCAGCCACAGAGAAUGGAGUGAUGAUGAUGUCAUCAGUGUCCUGGAAGAACUGACCGGCUGCCCAGAUGAGUGGCUGAUUGAGAACACCGCCCGAUUGCUGAUUCUGUGCGGUGAGCCCAUUGUUCUGAAGGUGCUUGGUAGUAAAGCCAUCAAUGGCAAGAUGAAUGAACUGGGCAGCAUCAUCGUAGCUUUCUCAGUGGUCUUGUAUGAUGAAGGAUUGCACAUGUCAUGGCUCAUCAAGAUGGUACAUCAGCUAUGUCGCAUGAUGAAGACAACUCAAGAUGUCCAAAGCUUCCUGGGUUCCAUCACGGCAACAUAUAAGGACUUCAUCAUUGCAUUGAUGUAUUCCCCAGAAGAAGAAGUGACCGCCACACAGUUCCAGCUCCACCAUGUCGCCAUGGCACAGUCUGAUUUCAUGCAAGGAAUGAUGCUGCAGUUAUUCAAUGUGUCAACAUCCACACUGAUGAAACACUCUUGAUAGUCCAGAAAGCAGGAAGUUUGUGCCGUGUUCUUAUAUUUUUAAGUUCUCACCUGUACUGAAGAAUUAUCAACACAGAAGAUGACUUUUGUUCUUACAUUUCCACGAUUGGAAGGGCUGUAUAUCUUAUUCCUAAAGAAAAUGGUUUUGGCAAAAAUUUCCCUCCUUGCAAUGUAAGAGUGCCAUCUACCUUCAGUUGAUCCUUUGCUUUGGCAAUAUAAACGAGCCUAUUUUAAUAGGCAGUAACUUUUGUUUUACAAGAGUUGGGAUGGUAAAAACCCUACUUUCUAUAGAAAUUGCCAAUAUUUAUUACCACCAUCUUAACUGUCUUUGGAAGGAAUCUAGUAAAAAAGAAGGGUUUGAUUUUAAUGUUUAAGGAAUGAAUAAAUUAUAUUAGUACUAGGUAGAAUCUCAAAUUGUCUGCAACUUGCUAGAGUAAAUUUAGCCAUGAAACCCUACUCCAUAUGCACAGUGUAAUUGAUUGAUAUAUUCAUAAAGUAAUAUAUUAAAUAUUUAUAAAAUAUCAAAUGAAUAUUUCCUUGCAUCUAGAGAAGCAAAUAUGCAAACCUCGAUUUCUGCUCACCAUUCAAUUGACAAGAUUUCAAUAUGUAGUGACCUACGUGGUUGUCUGAAGUUAGCUUAGAGUUUCAUAUGAUAGAGGAGUUUAGAAGCAAAGUGUUCCUUGACAUUAGAAUGCCAAAGUUAUUUCCCAACAAGAAUUGGUUAGUGGUUAUUCCCCUAUGUUUGUUUCACCUGUUUGUUUCACUCCUUUAAUUAAAACACAGGAUUGAAGUACUUUUGUUUGCAAUGUUAUUUAUUCUGCGAUAUUAUUUGAUUUCUGUGUAAUACUUGUAAAAUACAAACUUGAGAUGUGAAAUCCUAUUCCAUAUGCACAGUGUAAUUGAUUGAUAUAUAUUCAUAAAGUAAUAUAUUAAAGAUUUAUAAAAUAUCAAAUGGAUAUUUACUUGCAUCUGGAGAAGCAAAUAUGCAAACCUGUGUGUCUGCUUGCCAUUUUAAAUUGACACAAUUUCAACACAUCAAGGGGUAACCGUUGCAUUCUUUCAAAGUCAAAUAACUCAGAAAUACAUUCAAAUCAUUUCUUUAAUUUCAGUGUCCUUAAUUUAACUUUACUUUUUUACAACUUGGAGAUCAGAGAUAGCCUAAGUGUUUUAUAAGGUUUAAUAGACUUUAAUGGAAAAGUCUUGUUUCACUAAGUUCAUUAUUUAUCAACAAUCCUUUGUAACUUUUUAUUGUAUAUGUUGACAUGUCUUUUAAUUAGAUUUCUUGCAUUUUCUUCAUUUUUAUUCUUUAUGACUUUAUUUUUUGUAUAAUUUUGCAGUGUUGAAAUUUGAGUUAUUUUAUUUUUACACUUUAUUUUGAAUCUGUUAAUAAAGAAAAAGUCCGAAGAAG